CUCUUCUCCUCUCACCUAAUAUAAAUUCCAGGGAGGAUGUUUCCGAGGACGGAAAGGAAUCCGUGCAGAAAACCAGGUAGCCUUCAGAAUUUGACAAAAGCCAGCACAUUUGUUCAUUCUUUUUUAAGGGCAUUAAGAUAAGGGAAAGAAUCUGGUCUGUGUCUAGGUUAGGCUAACCAAUUAAAGCAAACUACAAGCUGGAGAAGGAAGAUACCUUGUUGACUAUUGGACCAAUACCAUUUCCUUGGGAUUGGAAUAUUUUACUAAAAAGCAACGAUGAUUGCUUCUUGUGGGUAUUAUAAAAUAAAGAAGGAAUAAUAUCACAUCUUACAAAAGUAAGCUAAAGGUGGAAUAUAAUGGGAUAAGUUGAAGGACAGACUUUUAAAUUUGUUUGUAGCUUGUAAGACAGAAAUGAAUGGUAUUGGUACCC